AUGUUAGGUGUUCCAGAAUCAAUUGUUCCUUCGCAAUCAUCUCGAGGAACCAAAAGGAAAUGGGUUCCAGAAGAAGAUGCAGCACUAGUUUCCUGCAUGGUGGACUUGCACAAUGUUGGGACAUUUAACGCUGAUACGGGGUUCAAAGCCGGUUACUUAAACGAGUUAGAAAAAAUGUUAGAGAAGGCUUUACCCAACGCGAUGUUGAAGGCAAGACCUAAUAUCGAGUCAAGGAUUAGGUUACUGAAAAGAGAUUGGUUAAUAGUGUAUGACAUGCUUAAUGGCCAAAACAAUAGCGGUUUUGGUUGGGAUGACCAUAGGCAGGUCAUUGUUGCUGAAGAUGCGGUUUGGGACUCUUAUUUAAAGUUCAAACAUCGUAGUUUCCCUUACUACGACCAACUUACUGCUAUAUACGCAAAAGAUCGAGCGACUGGGAAAGACGCUCAAACAGCCGCUGACGUUCUUGAAGAAAUAAAUGCUGAGGAUGUACCUUCUGCAGAUAUUAAUGAAGACAGAAACGAAUACUAUGAUUGCGAUGCUAAUGUCUCUUUCAAUGACAUGGAUGUUUCUGCCACGGAGCCGCAAACAGACAAAAACCAAGGGGGUUCCUCAUCUUCAAAGAGGAAAAAAAAGAAUUCUGAUGCAACUGGUCAUUUUUCUUCUUCGAUUAAUGAUCUUGCCACUUUAUUGGUCGAAAACAUGCGGCAAUUGGCGAACAAAUCAAGAGGAGUAUUGCCUCCGAUGUGGUAG